CCGCCUUUGCCGCCCUUCAAAUCCCGCACACCUCGCGUCACGCACCACCUGCUGCACCCCUACAUCCUCAUCAGCAUCCCUAGCGCAACAGGCCCAACGCGAUUGUCGCACACCUCGGACCACCUAUGGAACGCCAUUCCGCUCACAUCUACAGCCAACACCAUCGCCUGAUCGCGUAGCUGCCGCCGCUCCAGUCGGUGACGAAACCCUCGGCCCGAUCGCUGGUGGAGACCUUCAUGUAGCCCACUGCAGCGUCCAACCUCGUCUCUUGGCACGCGGCAACCAUGUCGACCGUUCGCGACUUUGACUCCCGCAGCCGUGCUGGCACGGCGGGCGCCGGGGACGUGCAGCCGCCCAUCGCGCUGUCCCCCAUCACCACCGACCACCCCUCGAGGGACCGCCGCGGCAGCACCGUCUCCAAAAUUUCCCGCUUCUCCCGCCGCUCCGCCAGCUGGGAUGGCAUGCGCCAUCGCCGCCACUCGAGGAGCAACACGGUCGGGACGUGGCAUGAAGCCGAGUCGCACGAACUGGAAGGCUGGCUGCCCGGCGCCGAACCGGGUAUCGACACCACUGCCGAGGACGAGGAGCUGCCCUUCCACAUUGCGCGGCUCAAGGCGCAAUGCGACAUCAAUAUCAUCGACUUCUCCUCCGAUCCCGACGUUCAGCCCAGCCACGUUCGCGUCGACAACGACGAUCUCGAAGAGGCGCUGCUGCAGGGCCGCUCGGAGAAGUACUCGUGCCGCUGGAUCUCCGUCAACGGGCUGAGCUGGGACGUCAUCAAGGUGCUCGGCAACACGUACAAUCUGCAUCGCUUGGCCAUUGAGGACAUCUGCCAUACGCACACCCGCACGAAAGUGGAUUGGUACGCGGACCAUGCUUGCGUCAUCCUCACCCUGCAGAAGCUGGUCAUGUUGCACUCGCAGGACGGCGACGAAGAUCGCUGCGACUGUCACUUCCUGCAUGACGAUGAGGAGGAGCAGAGCGAGAAGCACCCGCACACCGCCAAGGUGAAGCAGAAGCUGUGGUGGUGGCAACGUCGCAAGCUGGCCAAGGCAAGGCGACAAAGUCGUCUUCCGUACGACCUCGACAAGAAUGACGAUGGCAGGGUUGAUGAGUUCGUCAAUGCCCACACUGGCACCUCGCCCGAUACCCCCAUCCGCCCCGCCCGAACCCUGCAUCGCUACGAGAGCUCGCAGAUUCCCGAGCAUACCGCUUUCAUGGAGAGACACAGCUCUCUCGCGGCGGAAGACCUCGCCGUCACUGUGGAACAGGUCUCGAUUUUCCUCUGCGCCGACAACACCGUCAUCUCGAUCUUUGAACAGUCCGCCGAGGAUGUCGAGGAUCCCAUCCGCGACCGUAUCUACAGCAGCGAGACCAUGCUUCGUCGAAGUGGUGAUGCGUCCCUCCUGCUCCAGGCCAUCAUCGAUGCCAUCGUGGAUCUCGCCAUUCCCGUUCGAGACGCCUACAACAAAGCCCGCAAGGAGUUACAGGUCGACGCGAUGGUGAACCCCAGCAUCUCCACCUCACGAGCGCUCCACAUCUUCGGCGAGGAAAUCGACAUGCUACAGAAUUUGAUCAAGCCGAUCGUGCACCUCGUCAACGCCAUCCGCGACCACAACGCCAACGGCCCCGUUAACCCCCCGACCCCACCCGCGCAGUCACUGACCUCCCUCUCGCCCCCACCCGAGGGCUACGAACUCUCCGCCACGAUCGACAUGAAGCCCGUGGAGAAGACGCGACGCGACCGUGAGGGCGCGCCGGUCUUCAACCGCAAGAUCUCCAACUACCGCCGGGCGGGAGUCCUGCGGCCGCACGACGCGACGAGCGUGUCCAUCACGCCGCUCGCGCACACCUACUUUGGCGACGUGCUGGACCACUGUAUCACCAUGAUACAAGCGCUGGAGCAAAUGGACGCCUCCGCGACCAACAUCUCGACGCUCAUUUUCAACACGGUCGGCGCGCGCACCAACAACUUCAUGAUGAUUCUGGCCAUUGUGACGGUGCUGUUCGCUCCGCUUACUUUUAUUUCCGGAUAUUUCGGGCAGAACUUCAACAAGGCGGGCGGCAUCGACGAGCCCUUUUCUUACUUCUGGACCGUCGCUUUGCCCGUCCUCGCGGCGUUUGCCCUGCUCGUUUUUGCUACGAUGCUCUGGGACACGAUCAAGGACUGGCUGGCCAAGUAUGGGAUGCGGCAGCAUCGGAGUCGGCGAAACAAGAUGCGGCGCGCGCGGCAACAGCGACACUAGAUACAUAGACGGGCGGGUGAUUGGAGU